UUAACGGACAAAAAGUAUCAAAAAACAAGAACUCCAAUUCCCAUCUCUCUCCACUUCCGUUCCAGUUCCUUCUCCCUUCUCUCUCUCUCUCUCUCCUCAAAAGAGGGACGAACAGAAAGGGAGAGAACUCCGGAAUCAGUUCUUCUGAGUUUCACAUUCCAUUGAUUGUUUCUUCUUUUCGUGAUCUCGGAAUUCGCCUGGAACUGGAAGAACGGAAUCAAGCGGAGGAGGAAGCAAUUCACCGGAGGUAUACGUAUACAUAUAACCGCUGUUCUCUUAUCAGCUUUUAUGGAAAUCGCUUCCUAUCCUAUCGGUUCCUGCUCCCGAGAACAUCAGAAAAUCUAUCAAGAAUGGUUUGAUUACGCUGAUUCUGAUGGAGACGGGCGUGUUACGGGGAAUGAUGCUAUUAAGUUCUUUUCCAUGUCGACUUUGCCUCGUCAAGAUCUCAAGAAGGUGUGGGCAAUUGCAGAUUCCAAGCGGCAAGGAUAUCUUGGGUUCAAGGAGUUUAUUACUGCAAUGCAGCUUGUUUCUUUGGCGCAAUCUGGAGGGGAAGUAACUCAUGAUGUACUGACUUCAAAUAGCGAAGUUGAUUUGAAGAGUUUGAAUCCUCCUAGAAUGGAGGGGCUGGAUGUCAUAUUAGCUAAGAAAGCCCGUAAACAGAAGUCAAAUGACCAUGAGACAAAUGGUAGCUCUAAGGGGCAGUCACCUGUUUCAGCAAGUUGGUUUUCAUCAAAAUCAUCUAAAAAGAUACCUCUUUCUUCCGUUACAUCUAUCAUUGAUGGUUUGAAAAGGCUGUAUAUUCAGAAGUUGAAGCCGUUAGAAGUUAGUUAUCGAUUUAAUGAUUUUGUUUCCCCAUUGCUGACAAAUAGUGACUUCGAUGCUAAACCUAUGGUUAUGCUUUUGGGUCAAUACUCUACUGGCAAAACGACAUUUAUCAAACAUCUGCUGAAAAGCAGUUAUCCAGGAGCCCACAUUGGACCGGAACCUACAACUGACAGAUUUGUUGUUGUUAUGUCUGGACCUGAUGAAAGAAGCAUUCCUGGAAAUACGAUUGCCGUCCAAGCAGACAUGCCAUUUAAUGGUCUCACAACAUUUGGAACUUCUUUUCUAUCAAAAUUUGAGUGUUCACAAAUGCCACAUCCUCUGCUAGAACAUAUUACGUUUGUGGAUACUCCUGGAGUUUUAUCUGGAGAAAAACAACGAACACAGCGAGCAUAUGAGUUCACAUCUGUAACAUCAUGGUUUGCUGCCAAGUGCGAUCUUAUUCUACUUUUAUUUGAUCCCCAUAAACUCGAUAUUAGUGAUGAAUUCAAACGGGUUAUAGCUUCAUUACGUGGGCAUGAUGACAAAAUUCGAGUAGUCUUGAACAAGGCAGACCAAGUUGACACACAACAGUUGAUGAGGGUUUAUGGAGCAUUAAUGUGGUCGCUUGGGAAGGUUCUGAAUACUCCAGAGGUUGUACGUGUUUAUAUUGGCUCGUUUAAUGACAAACCGGUUAACGAAGCUGCUACGGGUCCGCUCGGAAAAGAGCUCUUUGAGAAAGAACAGGAAGAUCUUCUUUCCGAUUUGAAGGAUAUCCCAAAGAAGGCGUGUGAUCGAAGAAUUAAUGAAUUCGUUAAGCGUGCAAGAGCUGCUAAAAUUCAUGCCUACAUCAUAAGCCAUCUUAAGAGGGAGAUGCCUGCCAUGAUCGGCAAAGCCAAGACCCAACAGCGACUCAUCGAUAAUUUGGAAGAUGAGUUUGGAAAGGUACAAAGGGAAUAUCACUUACCUGCCGGAGAUUUCCCGAACGUCGAACAAUUCCGAGAGAUAUUAGGUGGUUACAACUUCGACAAAUUUGAGAAGUUGAAACCAAAAAUGAUUCAGUCUGUCGACGAUAUGUUGGGAUAUGAUGUCCCAGAACUUUUGAAGAACUUCAGAAAUCCCUAUGACUGAAUGAGCCAGUAAUUUCGAGCUCAGGUAUAAUACACGGCUGCUUUAAAUGUUUUAACCCCAAUAUCAAGUUUAAUGUAAUGUAUAAUUGAAACUAUAGUCUAUUGGAAGCCAUAGUUAGCGUUAUUUUGGCCAUCAGCAUUCAUUCUUUAAAUUAUCUUCUAUUUAAUAAAACAGUUCAUACGUAUUUUAUUGUAUUUAUUCGAGCUUGACUUUCAGGUAUACAUGGCUGCCUUUAACAUUCAGUUUCA